GUGGGCGGGACUAACCGUUCGCCCGCGAGGCGCGGCGGGCCAAUCCGUGCUGGGGGUGUCGGCCGCAGCCCCGCCGCCGCCUGCCCAGGGCCGCGGAGCGCGAUGGCCGUGGCGGCGAGGAGCCUGGCGAUGGCCGGGCGGGCCUGGACGCUGCGGCGCUGGUACCGCACGGAGCGGGGGGUGUACGGCUACAAGCCCCGCAAGGCGGAGAGCGGGGGCACCCCGGAGCCAAGCCGGGUCUUCGUGGGCGGCAGAGCAGCUGAUCAUGGCCUUGCUCGUUUAGUAACUGCAUACUGUGAACAUGGCCACAAAGCUGCCAAAAUUAACCCUUUGUUUGCUGGCCAAGCUGUGAUGGACAUGGUACCUGAAAUUCGAGUGCUGACAGAAGUGCUUCAGGGACCUUUCAAUACCACAGGGCUCCUGAACAUGGGAAAGGAAGAGGCUUCCUUAGAGGAUGUGUUGACUUAUCUUGACCAUGUAUAUUGUGGACAUAUUUCUAUAGAAAUGAGUCAGCUGUCAAGCUUGGAGGAGAGAGAAUGGUUUGCUAAAAGGUUUGAACAAUUAAAACAGGAGGCAUUUACAACAGAAGAGAGAAAGCAUUUGUCUAAAGUGAUGCUAGAAUCUCAGGAGUUUGACCGCUUCUUGGCCACCAAGUUUGCCACAGUGAAACGUUACAGUGGUGAAGGAGCAGAGAGCAUGAUGGGUUUUUUCUACGAAUUGUUAAAGAUGUGCGCGUACAGUGGGGUGACAGACAUCAUUCUUGGAAUGCCUCAUCGAGGAAGGCUUAAUCUCCUCACUGGGCUGCUUCAGUUUCCACCUGAGUUGAUGUUCCGUAAAAUGCGUGGCUUAAGUGAGUUUCCAGAGAAUUCGCCAGCGAUUGGGGAUGUCCUGUCCCACCUGACAUCCUCUGUAGAUCUAGACUUUGGUUCACACCGCCCUCUGCAUGUCACCAUGUUGCCUAAUCCAUCACAUCUAGAAGCAAUUAAUCCGGUGGCUGUUGGCAAGACACGCGGAAGGCAACAGUCUCUUCUUGAUGGAGAUUACUCGCUAGAUAGUGCCGCGCAACCUGGAGACAAAGUUAUCUGCCUGCAGGUUCAUGGUGAUGCUGCUUUCUCUGGUCAAGGGAUUGUUCCUGAAACGUUGACGCUCUCUAAUCUCCCACAUUUCAGAGUUGGUGGAAGCAUCCAUUUGAUUGUUAAUAAUCAGCUGGGUUACACCACUCCUCCAGAGCGAGGAAGAUCGUCACUAUACUGUAGUGAUAUUGGUAAGAUAAUUGGGUGUGCAGUUAUCCAUGUGAAUGGUGACGAUGCUGAAGAAGUCAUCCGAGCGACGCGAUUAGCUGUUGAAUACCAGCGCCACUUCCGCAGGGAUGUGAUUGUAGACUUGCUGUGCUACAGACAGUGGGGCCACAAUGAACUCGAUGAGCCAUUCUUCACCAACCCCAGCAUGUAUAAAAUCAUCAGAUCCCGUAAGAGUAUCCCAGACAUGUAUGCAGAGCGUCUAAUAGCCAGUGGGCUCAUGACUGAGGAUGAGGUAUUGGAGAUAAAGACUUCAUAUUACGCCAAGCUGAAUGAUCAUCUAGCCAACAUGAUGAUGUAUAGCCCCCCUUCAACCAACCUGCAAGCUCACUGGAGUGGCAUGGUGGAACCCUCUGCUAGGAUCACCGUUUGGGAUACAGGCCUGCCUGUGCCACUCCUGCAGUUCAUUGGCAUCAAGUCUGUGGAAGUGCCUGAAGAGCUCCAGAUGCACAGUCAUCUUCUGAGGACGCAUGUACAGGCAAGAAUACAGAAAGUGAAGGAGGGAACGAAGUUGGACUGGGCUACAGCUGAAACAUUAGCUUUUGGUUCACUACUCAGCCAAGGGUUUAAUAUCCGACUAAGUGGCCAGGAUGUUGGCAGAGGAACGUUCAGCCAACGACACGCAAUGUUGGUUUGCCAAGAGACAGAUGAAACCUAUAUCCCGCUGAAUCAUUUGUCUCCGGAUCAGAAAGGCUUCCUAGAGGUGAGCAAUAGCCCCCUGUCUGAAGAAGCUGUGCUUGGUUUUGAGUAUGGAAUGAGUAUUGAAAGCCCCAAGUUACUGCCAAUUUGGGAGGCCCAGUUUGGUGACUUCUUUAAUGGAGCUCAGAUAAUAUUUGACACUUUCAUCUCUGGAGGUGAAGCUAAGUGGCUUCUGCAGAGCGGGAUAGUCAUUCUUCUUCCCCAUGGCUAUGAUGGUGCAGGCCCUGAACACUCUUCUUGCCGAAUGGAACGUUUCUUACAGAUGUGUGACAGUGCAGAAGAGGGAGUUGAUGGUGACAACGUGAACAUGUCAGUUGUGCAUCCAACCACCCCAGCACAGUAUUUCCAUUUGCUCCGUAGGCAGAUGAUCCGAAACUUCCGGAAACCUUUAAUUGUUGCUUCUCCCAAAAUGCUACUCAGAUUUCCAGGGGCGGUGUCAGAUUUUCAAGAAAUGGCCCCAGGGACAACAUUCAAGCCUGUAAUUGGUGAUUUGUCAGUGGAUCCUAACAGCAUCAGCCGAGUGGUGCUGUGUUCUGGCAAGCAUUACUAUGCUUUGGGGAAACAGAGAGAGGCGCUAGCAGAGAAGAAGCACAGCACUGCUAUCAUUAGACUAGAAGAACUGUGUCCUUUCCCCCUGGAAGCUCUACAGCAAGAGAUGAACAAAUACAGAAAUGCCAAAGAUUUUAUUUGGAGUCAGGAGGAGCCACAGAACAUGGGUCCCUGGGCCUUUGUGUCACCAAGGUUUGAGAAGCAGUUGGCAUGUAAGCUCCAUCUUGUGAGUAGACCUCCCUUACCAGCCCCAGCAGUGGGCAUUGGAACACUACACCAGCAGCAACAGGAAGACCUCCUUGCCAAAACUUUUGUCUAAGACCUUUCUACGUGGAAACCAGUUUGUUAUAAUAUUUGUAAACGCCUUAAAAGGAAAACCCCUUGGCCUUUUCAUCCUACAAAGGAAGAACAAAUCAGGAACUGUUCUGGAAAGAGCAGACAGUUCUUUAAAUGUACGAAUACAACAAAACCCAUAAUGACCUCAACCUAUGUGUAUUAUGCAGAGGAUAAUUCUCACUGUCCUUUGUAUUUUUUUCAUUAUAUAAAAACAAAUCUGCAGUGAGAUCAGUCAGUUAACUGGGAGAUCAAAUGUUUAAUUUAUAAAGCAUUAUUCCACAUAGCAGUACAAAUCCAUAGUUCUUUGGUAUUGUUCAUUUGUGGGAACAGUUCUCCCUUGACUUUAAAUUUAGAUUUUUAAACCUCAGUGGAUGUUUAAGAAUUGAGUAAUGCCUUCAACUAUGACAUUUCUAUAACAAUAAAGUGUUUUUUGUUGGCCUUUGAGAACCAGG